AACUGGCCAGACUAGAGAGAAGACAGAAAGAGAGUGAGAGACUCUCUCUUUUGGAGCACAACGCAGCAAACGUCGAGAAGUCGCCUUUAGAGGCGCGUACCUCCCAAAAAACGUAUUUCUUAUUUUUACAGUUGACAGUUCGUUAAAUGAGAGAAAAUGAGGGAGAGAGAGACGGGAGAGAUGCCGCCGCCUGGUUGUGCCUGCCCCCCAACCCCGUAUCGUACUAUGUGUCUGUGUGUGUGUGUGUACUGCAUACUCCUAUGCUGCUCUACACUGGCUCGCUCGCUCUCUCAACACCAAAAAAAAAAAGCCCCCCGACUGCGGCCUCCCUCUCCGGCCUGAUGUGGUCCUGGCAACGACUGUUUCCGACUGUUUUGGGUGCCGCGAUUAAAAAAAAACACAAUAAAUACUUAAAGAAAAUAAUACGUAGCACAUACCAUGGUGAAAUUAUAUUAAGGUGCAGUAUUCACUCACCAUUACCUCUUUUAUGCGUCUUAUUUUAUUCACCACGAUGCAGUUGUCAACAAAUGUUGUGGUGAAUUGUUGAAAAAAUAUACAAAAUGAGUGAUUUGACGGUCCAAGAAGACAAAAAUGGAUAAAUUAUGGAUGUUUUCGACUAGUAGGCGAAUUGCACUGAUUAUCUGAAAAACUACUACAAUCUGCGAAGAAGACGAAAUUGAGCGAAAAGUAGAGAAAAUCUAGUCCGAAUGCUCUCACUGUGGUGAAAUAAAAUAAGCCCCGAGGAUAAGCGAAUAAUUCACCGUACUAUAAUUUCAUCAUGGCACAUACUAUAAAAAAAAAACACAAUACAUAUUCAAUAUAUAAAUACUAUAUGAUGUUCAAACUGAAAAAGUAUUUGCUGGCUUAAAAAAAUACAUUUGCUCUGGUUGAUGGGCAUGGCCUUGCCCCACGCCCCGUCCUGCCCUCCGGUGGCUAAUUGUGAUGUGAUGUAAACUGCUCUUUCGAUCGAUGAGGUCUGAGGGUCUUGCGGUGGUGUCCAGCUUUGAGGGUUCAACCCAUUUGGCCGACAACUGCUACCACCUACCAACUACCACUAAUUACUAGGCAGACCAAACCAAAAACUCACUUGUCGGUGCGAUAAAAGCGAUUAAAGCGAUGUGUGUGUUCGUCCUCUCUCUGAAAGCGCAUUAAGAUCUGAAGGACUACAUGCGCCAGGCUGGCGAAGUCACCUAUGCUGAUGCCCACAAGCAACGUCGCAAUGAGGGCGUUGUUGAGUUUGCUUCGUUGUCGGACAUGAAGACCGCCAUUGAGAAGCUCGAUGAUACCGAAUUGAAUGGACGUCGCGUUCAUUUGGUUGAGGAUCGUCGCGGCGGACGCAGCGGCGGUGGUGGUGGUGGCGGCGGUGGCGGCGGAGGUGGCGGUGGGCGUGGUCGCUCCCGUUCAUCCAGCUCGCGUUCACGCUCUCGCUCUCGCAGGCGUUCACGUUCGCGCCGUUCAUCGCACUCGCGUUCCAAGUCGCGCAGUCGCUCCAAGUCGCGCGGCGGACGCUCCAAGUCAAAGUCACCAGUUAAAUCGCGCUCUCGUUCACGCUCGCGCUCAAACAAAUCACGUGACGUAUCCAAGUCAAAGUCAAAGUCCCGCUCACGCACUCGCUCCCGUUCGCCCAAGCGUGAUUCGCACUCGCGAACACGCUCCAACUCAAAGCGUGAGUCACGCUCGCGUACUCGUUCCAAGUCCGAUCGUCACGAUUCGCGUUCACGUGAUCGCUCUGCUUCGGCUGACAACAAGUCACGUUCACGUUCUCGUUCGCGCUCUGUUUCGGCUAAGAAUGGAAAUGCCUCACCGGAUCGCACCAAUGAAAGCAUGGACGAUUAGAUUAGAUAGCUGUCACUCCCCAGCUCCUCCCCAUUAAUUAUAAAAAAUAUGAUUUUAGAUUUCGACUAUUUACUCUAGAAACUACCCCAAAAAUACAGACACCUAAUCCACCAAAAUACACAACACUUGGAACGUAACGAAAAACUGGAAAUUGAUCAACAAAGGCAAAAAGAAAGGCAAAAUUUGAAUCCACUACCAAUAACAUCGUAAACAAUUUUUUUAAUAUUUAAAAAAUUAUGUUUAAGCAUUUCUUUGACAUAAAUUUGAAAUCCGUAAUGUAUUCAUGUUAAAUACAAGAGGAUUUCAUGACAAAGCACUAUACAAUACAAAUCAUACAAAAAUGGAUCAAUUUCUUUUGCAAAAUGGCAAUUUAAAUUCUUGCCUCUCAAAUUCUUUAAACCAAAAUGUCAACAUUGUCUAUAUACUUCAAUAAACAACGGAAUGGAAACAUUUAAUAUAAUA